GGAGAUAUGUCCGUACGUUUUAAAACUUUUGAUGUCACAUUGGUACCGAAACAACGGUAGAAACAAAUGAACCACUGAAUUGUUUUGCCGUUCAAAAGAACCGAUUUGUGGAAAUGAAUCUGUCAGACAGACUUCCGGAAAAAGGUGGACGAGGUGUAUAAAACAGCGGUAGGAUCUCUCCACAUGGCUCACACAGAGAGGAGAGAUGCUCCAGGGCUGCCUGAUUUCUCCCUGCUCAAAAGACUGGCCAGAGACCAGCUCAUCUUCCUGCUGGAACAGUUGCCAGGGAAGAAGGAUUUAUUUAUUGAUGCGGAUUUGAUGAGCCCUCUUGACCGAAUAGCAAAUGUCACAAUCUUGAAGCAACAUGAAGUAGACAAACUGUACAAAGUUGAGCUCAAGCCAAUUGUCAGCAGUUCAGACCAGCUGUGCUUCCUGAUACGUCCCAGAAUACAAACUGUGAAGUGGAUUUCAGAUUUGGUUAAUUCAGACAAAGUCGCUGGACGAUUCAGAAGAUAUAAGAUCAUAUUUACCCCCCAAAAGUUUUAUGCAUGUGAGACAGUUUUGGAAGAGCAGGGAGUCUAUGGAGACGUUACAAUCGAUGAGUGGAAUUUCUACAUUCUUCCUCUGGAUGACGACAUCCUGAGUUUAGAGCUGCCUGAAUUCUUCAGAGAUAACUUCCUGGAGGGAGACCAGCGCUGGGUGACCACAGCAGGAAGUGCGCUACAUCUUUUACAGUCUGUCUAUGGUUCCUUCUCAAAGGUGUAUGGGAUCGGUCGAUGUGCCAAGAUGGUGUAUGAAUCCUGGAGGGAGCUAAUGGAGGAAGGGGAACAGAGAACAAGACAGCCUGAAUUUGCAAAAGUAUUUCUUAUUGACAGAGAUGUGGACUUCGUUACUCCACUCUGCUCUCAAGUUGUUUAUGAGGGACUGGUAGAUGAUAUUUUCAGAAUAAAAUGUGGCAGUGUGGAGUUUGGGCCUGAUGUCACUUCCUCUGACAAGAGCAUCAAAGUGAUGCUUAACUCUCAAGACAAAGUGUUCGACGAAAUAAGGAACGAGCAUUUCUCCAAUGUGUUUGGCUUUUUAAGUCAGAAGGCCAAGAAUCUUCAAACAGCGUACGAUAAACGGCGUGGGAUGGACAUCCAGCAGAUGAAGGCAUUUGUUGCAGAUGAGCUGAAAGGACUGAAACAGGAACAUCGGCUUCUCAGCCUUCAUAUUGGUGCAAGCGAAUCCAUGAUGAAGAAGAAAACCAAGCAAGAUUUCCAGGAGUUGUUGAAGACUGAACAUUCAUUACUUGAAGGCUUCGAGAUCCGUGAAUGUAUCGCCUACAUUGAAGAACAUAUCAACAGACAGGUGUCAAUGAUUGACAGUCUUAGACUCCUUUGCCUGUUGUCCAUCACAGAAAAUGGUCUUUUGUCCAAAGAUUAUAAAUCUCUUAAAGCUCAGUACCUUCAGAGUUAUGGUAUAGAUCACCUGCUGACAUUUGCAAACCUGAGGCAGCUGGGUUUGCUGGAAGAACAGCAAGCUGGAGAAACACUGACAGUCAUGGAGAGUAAAGUGGGGAAACUUGUCACUGACAAGACUGUAGGGAAGCUGACAGAUGCCUUUUCCUCACUGGCAAAGAAGAGCAAUUUUCGAGCUCUGAGUAAAAGACUAGCUCUGGUGCCGAAGUCUGGUGAGGAAUAUGAUCUUCGUGUUCCUCGAGACAUGGCUUAUGUUUUUAGCGGCGCUUAUAUUCCUCUGAGCUGCAAACUGAUCGAACAGGUGUUGGAGAGAGAUGGUUGGACAGGUCUGGAGGAGGUCACACGCAUGCUCAACGGACAGGAUUUUGCUGUAACAGGGGGCAACAAAACUGAUUCUCAAAGGAUUGUUCUGGUGAUGUUUCUUGGUGGCUGCACUUACUCUGAGAUCUCCGCUCUCCGGUUCCUUGGCAAGGAAAGAGGUUGCAGAUUCAUAGUGGUCACUACAGCUAUCACAAACAGCGCACGGCUUCUGGAAGCAUUACUGGAUAACUGAGAAAACAUCCCACAGGAGGACACUUUAUGAUCAUUUCCAGGAGAGUCUGUAUCAUCUGUAUCAUCCAAAAACAAAUGUGCCGUUAGAGGGGAUGGAAAAUGUGACAAGUUUGGCCAAAAAGGAAAAAAUCUGCCAUCUUUUACCCACUCUGAUGUGUUUCAAAGCUGCAUGACUUUCUUUCUUUUGAGGAAUGUUAGGUGACCGUUGACCACUAUUGCACGGGGAGAUGAAACACUGAAAUGUUUCUCAAAAUAUUACAUUUUUUCAAAGAAGAAAGGAAGUCGAUCACGUCUGGAAGGACAUGAGGGUGAGUAAAUUAGGACAGGAUUGUAAUUUUUAGGUGAGCCGUCUUUAAUUGUGUGAACAGGUGUCGUCCGAAAUUGUGAAUUAAGAAAUUGGAUUCGAAGCUGCACUUUAUAAAAAUAUUUUACACAGUUUGUUCAAAGUUUUUCAUGCAUGUAAUUGAUUUAAAUGACUAAUCAAUAAAAGACUCACUGGUAGA